CGUAACGCUGAACUCUCCGUUCUAUCCGGCCAACUAUCCUCCCGGCAGUUCUUGCCGGUUCGUGGUCCGUGCCCCGGAAGGCUACGUUAUCCAGGCGACGUGCACGGUCAGCAUGCCCAGUUCCAACGGGGACGGUUCUUGCUCCACGGAUUUCCUGUAUGUCUCCACCGAAGGUUUCACGUCACCGGUGGGAAGCGAAUUUUUCUGUGGCCGCGGUUCCGUCACCCGUCGGUCACUGUUCAACAAAUUGACCAUCUCGUACAUUUCGGCCGGGUCGACCGAUUCCGGUUCCUUCACGUGCCGGCUGGUCGUGCAGCAGGCACCGUGUGACUGUGGAUGGUCCAGAACGGCCAAGAUUGUCGGUGGGGUGGAAGCCGCCGUGAACGAGUUCACGUCGAUGGUGGGCCUGCUAGACCCGGCGACAGCGAACGUGUUUUGUUCCGGAGUUAUCGUCAGCUCCCGGUACAUUCUGAGUGCGGCGCACUGCGGCCAAGCCGUUCCGGACGUCAGCCGGGUUUCGGCGCUGGUCGGUGACCACGAUUACCGCAACGGGCUGGAAACGCCCUACUCGGCAAUCUACAAUAUCGAACAGAUUAUCGUCCACGAGGCGUAUGACGAGCGGACACGCGAUAACGACGUAUCGCUACUGCGAACGGCAUCCGCCAUCGACUGGAAUCGAGCCGUUGGCCCCGUCUGUUUGCCGAUCCUCUACCAGACCUACAGUUUCGCCGGCCUAUCGGUGGACCUGGCGGGCUGGGGCACGACCAGUUUCGGGGGGCCGAUGAGCAUGGUGCUCCGGAAGGCCACAGUGCAGGUUCUGGCAAAUAGCGACUGCUCCGCGCCGUACCUGAACGAUCUGAAGCUGUGUACGUUCGCGGCGGGGCGGGACUCGUGCCAGUACGAUUCGGGGGGUCCUUUGUAUCUGCGGGGGGCGCAGAGGAUGUAUACGAUCGGUAUCAUCAGCUACGGGUCGGCUUGCGCCGGAACGACGCCAUCCGUGAACACGCGCGUAACGAACCAGCUGAACUGGAUUCGCCGACAAACGCCAAACACCGAGUACUUGUGCAAAAUACGAGGGCGCCACGUUAGUCGUGUGAUGGGUCGUGACGCGAUGAUUCUUAAAUUGGUGGGCUUCGUCGUCGUGUUGGCUGCGCUGGUCAGCCGGGUCCACGGUCAGUGCUCGUUUACGCUGGACAUGAAAUUUGGCUCCACAUACCAGAUGGUGUCACCGGGUUAUCCGUCCAACUACCCACCGAACGUUCAGUGCACGUACGUGAUCCGCGCCCCGUACGGCUACCGGAUCGCCCUCGACUGUCCCACGUUUCUGAUCCCGAGCGUAAGGCCUACCGUUGGGUUUCGUGGUCUCACAAGAAGUAACGUUCAUCUCCUACAACAGAGCACCAACUGCCAGCUGGACUCGCUGAAGAUCUCGCGAACCGGCCAGAUGGACCUUGGCGACGCGUACACCUACUGUGGACUGGGCACGUUGCAGGAGAAAUCGGUCGCCAACAGGAUGACGAUCCGGCUAACGUCCGCCGCGACCAGCUACGGCGGUAAGUACUCCUGUACGCUCAGCAUCCCGGAGCAGAGCUGCGAGUGUGGCCGGAAGAAAAUGCGACGCAUCGUGAACGGCGUGGAAACGGCGGUGAACGAGUUCCCGAUGAUGGCCGCCCUGAUCGAUGUGAAAACGAAAACUAUCAUUUGCGGUGCCACUAUCAUUGCCAAUAAUUAUGCCCUCACGGCGGCGCACUGUUUGCUGCAGCGAACCACCAACGACACGGUGCUGCUGGUGGGCGAUCACAAUAUCAAAACCGGGGCCGACACACCGUACGCGCAGGUCUACGUCGUCGCGCAGCUGCUGGGCCACCCCGGGUUCACCAUGAACCCGUCCCGGAACGACGUGGCGCUGGUGCGUACCGAGCAGCCGAUUCAGUACAACGUAGCCGUGGGGCCGGCCUGCCUUCCGUGGCGCUACACGAGUCAGUCGUUCGAUGGGGCCAUCGUUGAGGCCACCGGCUGGGGGGACCUAGACUUCGGGGGCCCUCGGACGGACGCACUGCAGAAAGUGAACCUGACGGUCAUCAGCAACAGCCAGUGCUCGCAGCGGCUCUCGACCACGGUCCCGUAUCAGCUGCUCUGCACCUUCGCACCCGAACGGGACACGUGUCAGGCCGACUCCGGGGGGCCAUUGUUCUACACAAACCCGUCGACCGGGCUGCUGUACAACGUGGGUCUGGUGAGCUUCGGGUUCGCCUGUGCCACCGACAAACCGAGCGUUAAUACCAGGGUCACCGAGUUCCUGGACUGGAUUAUGGUCAACAGCCCGGCAACGUUUUACUGCUUCCACUGA